GGAAGCGGGAGAGUCGCGCGGAAGGUUCAGGGAGGAGGGAGUGCGGCGGCAGAGGCUCGCUCGGCUGCUCAGGCUCGCUCGGCUGCUCGCCCCGCCCCUCGGCGGCCGGCCCCUCUGCGCGCCCCCACUGCCUGCUUCUCCUGUGGGUCCUGGGCCCUCCGGCCUACGGCCCCGACUCGGGCUCAGCCGCACUCGUUCUGCAGGAAAGAGCCACCCUGGGGAGGAGGGACAGGGACGUGGGGGCGGCCUCGGCAGGGAUAACCUCCAUUUCAGCUAAUCAUGGGAGAAAUUAAAGUCUCUCCUGAUUAUAACUGGUUUAGAAGUACAGUUCCCCUUAAAAAGAUUAUCGUGGAUGAUGAUGACAGUAAGAUAUGGUCACUCUAUGAUGCAGGUCCCAGAAAUAUCAGAUGUCCUCUCAUAUUUCUUCCCCCUGUCAGCGGGACUGCAGAUGUAUUUUUCCGGCAGAUUUUGGCUUUGACUGGAUGGGGUUACCGAGUUAUAGCUUUGCAAUAUCCAGUUUAUUGGGACCAUCUUGAAUUCUGUGAUGGAUUCAGAAAGCUUUUAGACCAUUUACAAUUGGAUAAAGUUCAUCUUUUUGGGGCUUCUUUGGGAGGCUUUUUGGCCCAGAAAUUUGCUGAAUAUACUCACAAAUCUCCCAGGGUCCAUUCCCUCAUCCUCUGCAAUUCCUUCAGUGACACCUCUAUCUUUAAUCAAACGUGGACUGCAAACAGCUUUUGGCUGAUGCCAUCAUUUAUGCUCAAAAAAAUAGUUCUUGGAAACUUUUCAUCUGGCCCAGUGGACCCUGUGAUGGCUGAUGCUAUUGAUUUCAUGGUGGACAGGCUAGAAAGUUUGGGUCAGAGUGAACUGGCUUCAAGGCUUACCCUGAAUUGUCAAAAUUCUUAUGUGGAACCUCAUAAAAUUCGGGACAUCCCUGUAACCAUUAUGGAUGUAUUUGACCAGAGUGCACUUUCAACUGAAGCUAAAGAAGAAAUGUACAAACUGUAUCCUAAUGCCCGGAGGGCUCACCUUAAAACUGGAGGCAAUUUCCCCUACCUGUGCAGAAGUGCAGAGGUGAAUCUUUAUGUACAGAUACAUUUGCUGCAAUUCCAUGGAACCAAAUACGCGGCCAUUGACCCGUCGAUGGUCAGUGCCGAGGAGCUCGAGGUGCAGAAAGGCAACCUCAGCAUCAGUCAGGAGGAGCAAUAGCUGGGGCUUUGGCUGGUAACAACGAGUGACCCCGUGUGUCCUUGUACAGUCAGUGACGCUAGUGCCCGCCAGUCGGCCUCUUUGCUCAGUUUGUCAGGCUCGCCGGUUGUCACUGUGUUUGGAAGUAGGACUGAUUGCCGCCUUUGUGACAAGCGGCAGCUCUUCUAAGCCAGUGUAGUUGUUCCCUCUCGGUUUUUCUAGCUUUUGAAUUUGAAGAAGUACUUUUGAAGACUCUCAUUUUAAGAAUUGUGAAAAUUUUGCUACCAAAAGUCUUCACCUCUGUAUUCUUAUGUGAAUGUUAAUUUCCGAGGUUUGGGAUUUUGUCAUGUUUUUUUCCUUGCCUUUUUUUCUUUUCUUUUUGUUCUUCUUUUUUUAAUUUUUACAUUAUUUGCUAUAAAUACUGCACAUCCAGAUUGUAUAUCAGAAGGACAUUGGUUAUUUUUAUGCUUUCUUGGUUAUAACAGUUACCAGAGUACCAAGGCUAUCAUACCACCAUUUGCUCUCCUGCAAAUCAACUACUAAUUUCCAUUUAAGCAAAUUGUUUUGAGUUUUAGCUGUUGUCUUUCUAGCCAUUACAGUCAUUUGGAAUAAAAAUUCCAUUUCAGUGA